UAGACGCAGGCAUCGGAAAGAAAGUUUUUGUGUGCGCGACGCUAAACGCUAUAACGAUUUUAGAGCACAAGGUGAGGCAAAUUUUUAUGCGAUGCGCAAAGUCGACCGAUUCUUCGUUUCGUUUAUUCGUGUAAUUAGUUGUCUAUCAUUUGUUGUUGAACUUGAAAAAUAUAUCAACUUCGACGAUGAUAACGCGGGGACGAUAACGAGGUGUCGUUAUGCUAAACCAUUCUAAGUAGCAAUGCGGUUUAGUCGUCAGAGAACCUUGUCGUUGCGAAGUGGAGCUUCAUAUUCCGGCAUGUUUUUACAUAAGAUAUUGGCAGCAAUACUGCUGCUGCAAGUGGUCCGCGCAUUCUACAUCCCGAUGGACACUGCGGAAUCUGUAAAUUCUACCGCUGAUGAUUCUUCUUCUUCAGAAUCGACUUUCGAGAUAACCGAGGCAGCCUUACCCAGCGACAGUAACGAGAUGACGGAUACAACAAAUGUUCAAGACUUGAUACUUGAUCAGGUGUUGAUACCUCUGAUGGACAUCAAGCGAGUGCAAAACUUAUUAUUCUUGAUAUCGAUGAACGCCGCCAAAAGAGUGACCUACCUCCUGAUGAAGUAUUCCAUCAGGAUUAUUUUCAUGUUCCUCGCGAUGAUGUUUCCUCGGACCAGUUUGCUGAGCUUGGCCACUUAAUCGAUCAUUCGAGAAAUGAAGAAUGAAUUGUAAACUUCGUGGUAUUGUACGAUAAAAUAAAUAUCAAUACGAGAGUAA